AACUGAGCACCUUUUGCAUGGACAGUACCUUCUUUCCUGUUGAUACAGGUGCUCUUCGCUCAGACUCCCAUUAUAUUCCCUAGGAGAGUGGCACACCGGGGAAGGAGGGAAAGAGACGGGUCAGAGAGGGGUCUUUCCAGUUUCGUUUCACCCAUGAAGAGAAAGGAGCUGAUCAUGAACCGUUUUUUGAUCUUUGCAUGGUUCAUUGUCUGCGCAGGAGGCGUCAGGCCGCUGGAGAAGGUGGAGUCGACCACGCCGAUCCCUACCCUGUCUCCUCCCGAAGGAAACACAACGUUCAUCGACGGCGUCACGUGGUGCGUCGCCCGACCUGGAGUCCCCCAGGAGGACCUCCAGAACGCACUGGACUGGGCGUGCGGACAGGGUGCCGCGGACUGCUCGCCGCUGCAGCCCGGCGGCCACUGCUACCAGCCCAACACGCUCCUGUUGCACGCCUCUUACGCCUUCAACAUCUUCUACCAGCAGAACGGAAACUCCGACAUCGCCUGCAACUUUGGCGGCGCUGGAUCCAUCACCAAGAGGGACCCAAGUUUCGGGGCAUGCAAGUUCCUGGCAUCUGAGACUUCUGCUGCUUCAGCGCUGACGUUGAGGAGCACGCAGAUGAUCGGCGCUGCGUUUCUGACCGUGCUUCAGCUGAGAGUUUUGCAAGCUGUGUACUGA